AUGGCUGUUUACUCUCCAGAUUUAAUGGCAACUACAAACAAUGUGGAUAGUGUUAAAAGGCAGGAGAAGAUUGCAGCAAGUGGACUAGAGGUGCGGUUAUUUUAUGAAACUUUGUUGGCUGAAAAAGCCUGUACUUAUGCAUGCACAACUUUUACCAAGUCAGAGAUGUUGGAAUUGGAAGAAAACUCAAGCAGUGCCAGAGGAGAGCGAUUUCAAGUGCGCCAAAAUGUGUUGGAGAACAUUGCAGAAGAAACAUUCAGUACGGAAAGUAUUCUACAACGUUUUUUGAAAUGUGAGGCGAAAGGUAAUUUGUCGGGAGUGGAAGAUUAUGCUGACAAAGGAAAGCGAAAUGUUCUUACUUUUUUUACUAUUGUUGUUAUAGGAAUGAAUAUUGAUAUAUCCGAUCAGUAUGGUUGGACUACACUAAUGUGUGCAAGUUUUACAGGUCACUUGAACGUUAUCAAAUAUUUGUUAUCUUUAGGAGCGGAUGUUGGAAAAAAGAGCAAAUCUGGUGAGACGGCUGCUGAUUUCUCAUCAAAAUGCGGACAUUAUGAAUUAUAUCAUUAUAUUGUUUCAAAAGAUCACAAGAAGUUGAAGUUGCAAUUUUUUUGUUAUUCUUGUAUAUGUAUGAUCCGAAUAUUGCUUAGCUACAAUAUUUUCAGGAAUUCAUCUCUGCAGAAUAAUGGAACUUUGGAAAACGAUGUAAAGGCUACACGCUUUUGCAUAGCUUGUAAUUGUAAUUAUACAAGUGAUGCUCACGCAAAUAGUGUAGGGCAUCUUCUGGAAACGCAAAAGCCGGUGCUUCAAGCAGGUUAUGGAAUUCCGGUGUGGAAUAAAGGAUUGGGUCGUAAUUCAAAAUGCCGUCGUUAUCCACUGAAAGCAGCACCGAAAAAAAACAAAUUUGGUUUGGGUUAUAAUUCUGAUGCCUCGAAAUCUCAUGUAAAGUAUGUUCUUUGAUG